AUGGCCUCCGGCGGGCAGCCCCCGCCGCAAACGUUGGCCUCGGAGGUAGGACCUGUCCAGCGUCCAGGCGAGAGUCCGGACGCAACGGCCCUUCGCUGUCUUCUCCCGCCGCCUCCGUGGAAAGUGUCUCUCCCCGCGGCGAGCCGAAGUUUCCCGGAGGCGUACCAGCGUGGAGCGGCCCGGCUCCCCGCACCGUCCGGGACUGGACCGAGGUUGGGGGCAACGGAGGCUCGGCAAGCUGCGCGCCCCGUCCCAGCCCUCGCUAUGUGGAAGCCACCCCCACCGCCCCGCGACCUAAGCCAGUGCCUCCUGGAGCCGAAAGACUGGGCAGGCGUUGUGGACGAGCGCCAGCUGGACGCCCACUUGACGCAGGCCCUGGGCCGCGAGGCGCGCCUGUGGCGGGGCGGCCAACUCCAGGUCCCGGUCCUCGCGCGGGGCCCUCCCAGGAGCACGUUCAUUCCCCUCCUCACGCGCGCACCGGACGCGGCCGUGUUCCACCUGCACCCUGGCUCAGGUGUGCCGCACCCUGGAGUCAGCACCUUCCCCAGGUGCGUCCCCUGCACGAGACAAGAGGCGGCAUUCUCCGGGAUUCUCACUGGAAACGGUGCUUCUCUACAAGUGGAGAUCUGCGACGCCUUCCAGGAAGUCAUGUUAUGGCUCCUGAGAACUGAGAACAUCUUUGACUUCUCCCAGACCACUUUUAACCUGGCUCUUAGUAUCUUCAGUCGCCUCAUGGUUUCAGUAAAGAUAAAAAAGCAUUUACUCCAUUGUGUCACAAUUACAUCCUUAAGACUUGCUGCAAAAGUUAACGAAGAAGAGGAGUUAAUUCCACGCAUAUAAGACUUCAUAAAGCACUGUGGCUCUGGCUAUUCCCCGAAUGAGCUGCUGAGGAUGGAGCUGGCUAUUUUGGACAAACUGCACUGGGACCACUAUAUUGGGACACCGCUGGAUUUCUUGGCCAUAGUAAGUAUGAGGACUUUCCAGAGCCUACCCUGGACUCAUUUGUGCCUUUGGAACAGCUGUUCACAACAUAGGAUGGCAAAGCACACAUCCUUGCACAUGCAUCACAGUGAGGUGACCCACAGGCUCACGACAUACGGAAGAGUGAAAUUUUAUCUUAAAUCCAACACAGUUCCACCAGACUCCCACUUCUAA